UCAAACGCACCUUCACUUUUUGACCUGUUUGUUGAAGAGUCACUUAGUUUCACCAGAACCUGAACAGAACCAAACCUGAGCCACGAAACACAGAAGCUCUCUUAGCUAAGACUAAGCUGUUUAAUAUUUCUCAGAUAAAGGCAGUAACUUACCUUCCAGCUGCUAAAUGUCCAGGAACGGUUUGAUAUCGAGCAUCCGCAGGAUGAUGGAAUCUGACGGGCCGCUGACCAGCAGCUCUCCGAGUCCUUUUGAUCUGCUCCGUCAUCAGAUGAGUGAUGUUCUGGGAGAUGGAGGGAUCCUGAAGGAGGUUGUCCAACCAGGAGAGGGUCCCCCAGUGCCCCAAAAUGCUUCAGUUUUAAUCCAUUACUCUGGUUUCCUGGAGUACUCGGACCAGCCUUUUGAAACCACCACCAACUUUAGAUACCCUGUAAUGAUGAAAUUAGGAAGAGAUAUGACACUGGCCGGCCUGGAGCUUGGUCUGCUCACCAUGAAGAAGGGAGAGUUUUGUCGUUUCCUCCUCCAGCCUCAGUAUGCUUAUGGAGAUAUGGGAUGUCCUCCGCUGAUCCCUGCGGCUGCCGUGGUUCUGUACGAGGUCCACAUCCUCGACUACCUCGACUCGGGACAAGUGGAUGAGUUUAUUGCUAUGAGUCCGGAGGAGCAGAACGUCGCUCCUCUUUCAACACUUCUGGAAGUUGUCGACACGUUGCGCAGCUUCGGCAACCGUUGCUUCAAGCAGAGUCGCUACUACAACGCCAAAGAUCGCUAUAAACAGGCAAUGACGCUGCUGAGAAACAGGGAAACCCAAAGCGAUUCAGAGAAAGAGAAGAUCAAAUCAGCUCUGCUUCCUCUUUAUCUGAACCUCUCGCUCACUGAGCUCCGUCUGGAGAGUCCGAAUAAAGCCCUGAAAUACGGAAACAAAGCUUUAGAGAUCGACUCUGCCAACACAAAGGCUCUUUUCCGCUGUGGACAGGCUUAUCUGGAGCUACAAGACUAUGAAAACGCUCAGAGCUGCCUCAUAGCUGCUCAAGCAAAGAAGCCCUUUGACAGCGACAUCAACACCCUACUAAGGAAAGUGGUGAUAAGCUAUAAAGAGAGUUUGGACCACCAGAAAGACUUGUACUCAAAGAUGUUCAAAUCUCUGAAGUGAAAAUGUGAGAGUCAGCAGUAGAAGGUUUCAAGAUUCCGCUGCAGAUUUCCUUUCUGUUAUUUCCAGAUUUGCAAGUUGUGUUUUUUAUUUCUUCAGGAAUUUAAUUUUCUUCUUUACAUGUUCACUAAUAAUGCAGCUGUUUGUUUCCUGAGAUAUUUUUUGUAAAAGAAUCUCUUGUUUUUUUCAUGGACUCUGAUCACUCUUAAGGUGAUAAUAAAAAUUAAAUAUGGCUUUUCACCUCUAA